AUGAUCCUCCUGUCCGCCCUAGCAGCCGUGGGCUUCCUCACUGGCACUGUCAGCGCCAAUGUGCUCGGCACCGGUUACAGGAUGGUCCCUCCGCCGUUGACGGACGACCGGGGCAGCGGGCUGAGAAAGCGCCUCACCGGCCAGGGCGAAUUCCAGCAGCUCAUCGACCACGCGCACCCGGAACUGGGCACGUUCCCCCAGCGGUUCUGGUGGAGCGACGAGUUCUACGCCGGGUCCGGGUCGCCCGUCAUCUUCUUCACGCCGGGGGAGUCGGCGGCCGACCAGUACACGGGCUACCUGACGAACCGGACCAUCACGGGCCUCUUCGCGCAGGCCGUCGGCGGCGCCGUCGUCAUGCUCGAGCACCGUUACUGGGGCACCAGCUCGCCGUACGACCGCCUGACGACCAAGAACCUGCAGUACCUGACCCUCGAGAACUCCAUCCUCGACACCACCAACUUUGCCAACAACGCCCCGCUGCCCUUUGACCGGAACGGCACCAGCGCGGCGUCGAAGGCUCCGUGGGUCUUCUCUGGCGGGUCGUACAGUGGCGCGCUCUCUGCGUGGACGCACGCGCGCGCGCCGGGGACGUUCUGGGCGCACCACGCCUCCAGCGCCGUCGUCGAGGCCGUGGGCGAUUUCUGGCACUACUUCCACCCCAUCCAGCAAGGGAUGCCGCAGAACUGCAGUGCCGACGUGUCGGCGGUCAUCGAGCACGUCGAUUCAGUCCUGAAGACGGGGUCGGAGGAGGAGAAGCAGGCGCUGAAGGAGAGGUUCGGGUUGGGGGACGUCGUUCAUGACGAUGACUUUGCGGGUGCGCUGGAGAACGGGCCGUGGUUGUGGCAGAGCCAUGAUUUUGACUCGGGCUACAGUGGGUUCUUUGAGUUCUGCAAUUAUGUCGAGAAUAUGUGGUUUGGCAGCAACACCACGGCCCCAGGCCCCGAUGGAGUUGGAUUAUCUAAGGCUCUCGAGGGAUACGCGAAAUGGACCUCAGAGGUCCUGGUUCCAGGCUACUGCGCAAACUACGGUUACUGGAGAUAUCCAGACGACGUGGGCUGCUUCGACACGUACAACGCCUCCAGCCCGUUCUUUUCCGACAUCGCUCUAGACAACGUCAUCGACCGUCAGUGGAACUGGUUCCUCUGCAACGAACCCUUCAAGUACUGGCAAGACGGGGCGCCGGCCGGGGUCCCGACGCUCGUGUCCCGGCUUAUAGACGAGGCGUACUGGGAGCGGCAGUGCGCGCUCUUCUUCCCUCCCGAGGACGGCUUCACGUACGGCAUCGGCGAGGGCCGCGAUGUCGACGAGGUCAACGAGGCCACCGGCGGGUGGACUCGCGUCGACAACACGACACGCCUCCUCUGGGUCAAUGGCGAAUUCGACCCCUGGAGGGACGCCACCGUCAGCAGCGUUUUCCGCCCCGGCGGGCCUCUCGAGAGCACCACCCGGGCACCGGUCUACGUCAUCCCUGGGGGGAUCCACUGUAGUGACCUGAUCGCUGCGAACGGGAUGGUGAAUGCUGGGGUCCAGAAGGUCAUUAAUGAAGAAGUCGCCGUGAUCAAGGGGUGGGUGGAGAGCUUCUACUCGGAAAGGAGGUCGGCAGGGAAGACAGAUGAGUAA